AUGCUGUCGUCGCUGCCAGAAGACCGGAUGUUGGACCUUGAGUUCCGCUCUCUGUCGCAUUCUGUGGCUCUCGACCGGAAGAAAGGUAAGACUCAAAUCGCGGAGUUGACGCCUCGUGUUCUGACGAGGCCCGACGGGCGCCGACAAAUUCCUGGCAUAGCUGCGCAUUUUCUUACCAGUUCUGAGGAAGAGAAUUUUAUGACGGCCAAAUUUCAUCAACGGAACGCGUACGAUUCUGAUCACCGGAAACGACUCAUGCAAUGCCUCUCUCCAAACAGGAACCAAGAAGAUCCUCCACGAUAUCUAUGGCCGGUUCCGCCCUGGGACGCUUUCUGCGAUAAUUGGACCAUCCGGUGCCGGGAAAACAGCUCUUCUGAACGUCCUUGCGGGAUACAAGUAAGCACGAGCAUCAAUUUUUUUCACCCCUCAUUUCUUCCGGAACCAACGGGGCACCCAGUGUCGAUGCGGGAGUGUUCGUGGCCCGGGUACGAGGAGUUCAUUCUUCUUAUUUUCACUUGGCAACAGAGCUGA